UCUUUUCAGUGUCAGAUUUAGUUCAGAUUGGAUCAGAUCAGAUUGUGUGUUUAGAGGUUUUGUAAGGGUUAUUGCGAUUCAGAUGUUCUCCACAUGUGCAAAUCCACAAAACCAUGAGGAGGAUCCCAGUGCACUUCAACAUGAAGGGAUGAUUAUGACAUAAAGGACAUUGCUCUCCCAGGUCAAUCACUGGACAGUGCGCACUGCUAAAAAGUAGUUUGACUGGAAGCAUUGUUCGUUCACACUUCCAAUCCAAGAUCCAAUAACGGAAUUAUACAGCAUUAUACCAGCUUCAAGGCAGGAUGUCACACAUAAUGGAACUGGGAAUCUGAGAGAAAAAUAUAAUGGAUUCCUGGACGAUUUCAUUCUCACCCAGUAACUUCCCCAGUAAUCUAUCUGGAUUCCCCAUGUAUGAUGGCAUUUUGCUCGGCAACAUAUCCGAAGAAGGCCUGAGAAAUGAGACUGACCAGAGCAUGACCAGAACUAGCACAUUCGUCAUCACCUUCAUGUAUUUUGUGGUAUGCGUUAUUGGUCUUUGUGGAAAUGCUCUGGUCAUCUAUGUCAUCCUGCGCUAUGCCAAGAUGAAGACGGUAACGAAUAUCUACAUCCUGAACCUGGCAGUGGCAGAUGUUCUGUUUAUGCUAAGUUUGCCCUUCAUUGCUAUCCAGUUAGCGGUGGUGCACUGGCCGUUUGGGGCAGCUCUGUGCCGAGUGGUCAUGACUGUAGACUCUCUAAAUCAGUUCACCAGUAUUUUCUGUCUGAUGGUGAUGAGCAUUGAUCGAUACUUCGCCGUGGUUCACCCCAUAAAGUCAACCAAAUGGAGGAGGCCCCAUGUCGCAAAGACAAUCAAUCUGGUCGUGUGGCUCGUGUCGCUCAUCGUCAACCUCCCAAUUGUAAUCUACAGUGGACUGAUCACCAAUCCUGAUGGCUGCUACUGCACUAUUGUGUGGCCAGAGCCACAGGAGGCCUACUACACUGCCUUCAUGUUCUACACCUUCUUCCUGGGUUUCUUCGUACCUCUAAUAGUCAUAUGUCUAUGCUAUUUGUUCAUUAUCAUCAAGGUCAAGUCUUCAGGGAUCAGGGUGAGCUCUAGCAAACGGAGGCAUUCUGAAAAGAAGGUGACUCGUAUGGUGUCCAUUGUGGUUGCCGUCUUCGUGUUCUGCUGGCUGCCUUUCUACAUCUUCAACGUGACAUCAGUUACAGGCACCAUUAGCACUACGCCUUUUUUAAGGAGCAUGUUUGCCUUUGUCGUGGUGCUUGGAUACGCCAAUAGCUGUGCAAACCCCAUAUUAUACGCUUUCUUGUCAGAGAACUUCAAGAAAAGUUUCCAGAAUGUUCUGUGCUUGAAAAAAGCAGAUGAUGUUGAAUGCACUGACAGCAAACAGAACAAGUCACAAAUAAUGAAUGAUCCAAAAGAAACUCAAAACGCACUGCUAAAUGGAGACCUGCAAACCAAGGGUCUGAAAAAACAAGGGUCACUACUAAGCAACCUAUAAACUGUGUGCCACAGAACAAAUGGUGUACACAAAGAGAGUAAGAGGAAACCCAGCAAAUAUGAUUUCUUAGUUUCAAAUAUGAUGGCUUAGGUUCCUGAAUUUUCAAAAAUUUUGGCCAUCAUGCAGUAUUUUCCAUCCAAAAGUAAAAUUUGAACCAUUUCAUUGGUUAAAACCUGGAAAAUGCAUUGUUGAUAAAUGUUACUCUGAAGCUGUUAUUUAUAAAGUAUAUUUAUGGAGUUCAUAAGCAAACCAUGGCAUAAUAAGAACAGAGAACUAAGGAUUUGAAGACAAGAAAAUAUUUAGUAGUUACUAUUUUGUUUAUUAUUAGUUUUAUUUUCAUUUAUCUAUCUAUGGAGAGAAAAUCAAAUAUAGUGUAAGUAGUGCACUAUAAAAAAAUAUGCUUUGAGUAUUUUUUUUUUUUUGCUCUUGCUACUGUACUAUGUAGAAUUUGCAGAGUAUUGCUAACAAGACUGUAUAGAACUGCAUUGCAUUAUAAGAUGUAUCACUCUAUUGUUGCAUCAUUAACAUGUAAAUAUUAUUGUCAAGAGUUCAACAUCUAAAUAAUCUGACUGAAUAGUUACACUAGGGUGAUUCAUUAAGCCAAAAAUAGUGCCAAGGGUCUCUCUCAUUGCCACAUCACAUAUGCCACAUAUGCCACAUCACCUAAUGGUAAUCAGUUUGAUCAUUAAAUAGUCUAACAUUGCAAGGAUUCUGGUCUCUAUCCCAUUGAAGCAGCAUACUUUUAAGGUCAGACAGUAAUCUAGAGGGAUUUUAGAGAUUUUCCAAAUUUUAAUAGAAUGUCUAUUUGAAUAGGGCUAGAGCAUAAUUCCUUAUGUUCCUUCUGAGAUCAGGCAGGGACACAUGUAUCAUGAUCUCGAAUGAACUAAUUCAUUCAGACAUGUAUUGAAUUCAGUACUCAUAGAUUUGAAACAUAUCAUGAUUGUUCACACAUUGAAUGAUGGCAUAUAAUCUUUACCAUUGCAAAAGGCUUUAUUCAAGACAACGCUUCCACCUUGUCUGUCCCCCCCCCCCCCCAAAGCUUUUUGUGUAAGUCAUUUUUUCAUGCCAAAUUUGCUGUGAAAUUCAUGCAAACUAGUCUCUGACUUUUUUAUAGUAAAAAAAAGGUAGAAAUAAGUCAUAAUUCUUAUUAGAAAGUAUAUCUCUGAGCUUCUUGUAUUUUGAUUGUUCACAUCUGUAAACAGCAUUCAUUGUUUUCAGAUAUGUGUAUUUUGACUGUGUUCUUUUAAAAAGUGGAAUACAUUUGGUCACUCAUUAAAAUAAAACUACUGUACUGUGUAA